AUGACUACUACUGUCCCUAUAAUCUACUCGUUUCCCGAGUUUCUUGGAGUGGCCGAAGCUGUGGCCGACUUGAUUAUUUCAUCCCAGAAUCAGACUUUAUACAACACAACCGAUCUAAAACAAAUUGAAUUGAUCAAAGCAGGUCAGCUAAAACGUCCAUCCGUAAACAAGACAAAUAGUUCGCUUUCCAUUGCACUCGGUCAGUCUCAGGGUGGAAACGGAAACGGAAACGGAAACGGAAACGGCAUUGGUAAUAGCAAUGGUAAUGGUAUCGGAUCCACUGGAAGUAGUGGUGCCACAUUGAGUGCCAGCAAUACCCAGUCGGCAUCGUCAUCAUCUAACUUGGACCCUGAAGCAGCAGCAGCAGCAUCUUCCACAAACUUGGCUGCCAACAACAAGAUCAAAAAGGAGAAGAAGAUUUUGAAAAAGCAAGAAAUAAGAUUCAAGAUUGCCAUCAGUGGUGGAUCCUUGAUCAAAAUCUUGAAUCAAGGUUUAUUAACAAGACAAGAGUUUAUCGAAUGGGACAAGUGGGACAUUUAUUUCGCUGAUGAAAGAUUGGUACCGUUCGAUAGCCCCGACUCAAAUUAUGGACAAGCUAAAUUGGAGAUAUUUGACCAUAUUAAGGGAGAUAAACAACCACGCGUUUUCCACAUUGAUGAAUCCUUGAUUGAUGAUCCUCAAGAAGCUGCUGAUGAUUAUGAAAAACAAUUGAUACAACAAUUUGCCAAGAAGGAUUCAGUCAAAUUGCCCAUGUUUGAUUUAUUAUUGUUGGGUUGUGCUCCAGAUGGCCACAUUGCGUCAUUGUUCCCCAAUCAUGGCGAAAGCUUGAGAGAGAAAUUGGCAUGGUGUAUACCUGUUUCCAAUGCACCACUGGGUCCAUCCAAUAGAAUCACUUUAACUAUCCCCGUGAUAUGUCAUGCUGCGAGAGUUGCCUUUGUGGUGGAAGGGUUGACGAAAGCUCCAAUUAUCAAGACGAUUAUGGAGAGACCUGAAAAAGGGUUGCCUAGUUCGAUUGUGAAUGAAGGUGCUGCUGGAAGAGUUAGUUGGUUUGUUGAUGAUGCUGCAUUGAAUGACUUGUACGAUAUCACAAAGAAGAAGUACAAGUAUUUGUCCAUACCUGAACCAACCCACUGA